GAGUCUACAACGUGGGCUGGCAGUGUCAACAUAUCCACAUUCCGCACUGAGCAACAGAGAAAAAACAAAACAUGAACAGCUAUAGAAAAGUGACGUAUUUUGAGGGGGACACAGUGAGAGACUCGUCACUUGAAUAGCGGUGAAGGUGUUCGUGUGUCCGAGGUGUUUUUGGGGUUGAUCCAGUAGGUGGUGCAGCUGUUCAAGGCAAUAUCUAGCGUCAUGACAACAUCUGCCUGGUACCGGAAGCCCACUUACUGCCGGAUGCUGCCCAACAGAUAGAGAACGGUAGUGGCGGUGUUGACAGAGGCUGGUGACCACAAGGGGGAAGACCACGAUCCAGGCGACACCUUCAGAGGGUCAGCUGGGCCAGGAAGAUGAUGGGAAGAAGAUAGUAGAGCGUUGUCGGGGAACCAGGACUUGUGUGACUCCGAUUUGUUGUUCCGACGAUGGUGUGAUGGCUGGUAACGAUGGUGUGAUGGCUGGUAACGAUGGUGUGAUGGCUGGUAACGAUGGUGUGAAGGCUGGUAACGAUGGUGUGAUGGCUGGUAACGAUGGUGUGAUGGCUGGUAACGAUGGUGUGAAGGCUGGCAACGAUGGUGUGAUGGCUGGUAACGAUGGUGUGAUGGCUGGUAACGAUGGUGUGAUGGCUGGUAACGAUGGUGUGAAGGCUGGUAACGAUGGUGUGAUGGCUGGUAACGAUGGUGUGAUGGCUGGAAACGAUGGUGUGAUGGCUGGUAACGAUGGUGUGAAGGCUGGAAACGAUGGUGUGAUGGCUGGUAACGAUGGUGUGAUGGCUGGUAACGAUGGUGUGAAGGCUGGAAACGAUGGUGUGAUGGCUGGAAAUGAUGGUGUGAUGGCUGGAAACGAUGGUGUGAUGGCUGGUAACGAUGGUGUGACGGCUGGUAACGAUGGUGUGAUGGCUGGCAACGAUAGUGUGAUGGCUAGUAACGAUGGUGUGAUGGCUGGAAACGAUGGUGUGAUGGCUGGUAACGAUGGUGUGAAGGCUGGAAACGAUGGUGUGAUGGCUGGAAACGAUGGUGUGAUGGCUGGUAACGAUGGUGUGAAGGCUGGCAACGAUGGUGUGAAGGCUGGUAACGAUGGUGUGAAGGCUGGAAACGAUGGUGUGAUGGCUGGUAACGAUGGUGUGAAGGCUGGUAACGAUGGUAUGAAGGCUGGUAAUGAUAGUGUGAUGGCUGGUAACGAUGGUGUGAAGGCUGGCAACGAUGGUGUGAAGGCUGGCAACGAUGGUGUGACGGCUGGCAAAGAUGGUGUAGAAGUGACUGACGACCCAGAGGCAUCACGAAUUCCUGACGGAGGCUGGGGGUGGAUGGUGGUCCUGGGCAGUUUCAUCAUCACGAUGCUGGUGCCUCUGUUAGGUUCUUGUUUCGGCGUGCUCUUCUCCCGCUACCUGCUGGAUGAGGGCAGUUCCUCGGCCACCACCGCCUGGAUCUUCAACACCCAUUGCUUCAUCUGGAACAUGAUGGGGCUCAUCAUCAGGCCGCUGGCGAAGGAGUUUGGCUGGAGAAACGUGGCCAUUGUAGGCAGUCUCGUCACUUCCGCCUCUGUUGUCAUCUCGGCGUUCACCCCGUCACCCGAGUUCUUGUUCUUUUCCUUCUCUGUGUUGAGUGGUAUGGGCGGGGGCGUGGUGGUGUGUAUGUCCUUCAUCAUAUUGCCAAUGUACUUCGACCGGCGGCGAGGUAUGGCCAACGCUAUAAUGAAUGCCGGGGUGUGUACGGGGCAGAUCGUGGGUCCUCCUUUAGUCCGCCUACUGCAGGAUGAGUACGGCUUCAAGGGCGCCACUCUCAUCGUCGGGGCCAUCAUGCUCAAUAGCCUCAUUGGGGCCUGUUUCUUCCAUCCGGUCGAGUGGCAUAUGAAACCACCUCGCCGCCAGGGUACAAGAGAGGUGGCGGAGGGGGAGGAGGAAGGUGCUCCGAUGAGUGAUGAAAUGGAUAGAAUUGGAGACAUUGAGAAAACACAGUCUGCUGAAUCUCUCUUUAGUGAUGAUAAUGAAGGACCUGAGUGGGGGGAGAGUCUGAUACCUCGGGGUGUAGCAGUGAGAAAGAACGGUACGCGUGAUGGAAGAGGAGGAGGUGUUACGCCCCCCACGGACAAUAUAACACAUUCCAUCCCCCUGCUGGAUCUCUCUGGCCUCGCUGCCGCCCCUGAGAGUGACGCUGAGAUGACGAGGGUGGAGGUUAAGGGAGGGGUACGAAAACUAGGGGUCCUACUGGUGCGUGUGUCGAGGUCUACCAUUAAGGAUUUAGGUAUCUUCCGCUCCCCACGUGCCAUCAUCAUCGCCGUCAGCAACACCUUCUUCAUCAACGGCUACUACAACUUUAUAAUGAUGGUGCCUUUCGCCAUGCAGGCAGCUGAUCACACACUAGCGGACUCCGCCUGGUGUAUUUCAGUGUCGGCGGUGUGUAGCCUGGUGUUUAGGAUGCUCAUGUCCUCACUCUCUGACUGGCCCAAGUUCAACAUGAGACUUGCCUACAUGUCGGGUCUUGCCACCACCGCCACAUCUAUUCUGGUGUUCCCGUUAGUGAAGGAGCUGCAGUGGUUGAUGGUGGUGAUGGCAGCGUGGGGCAGCGGCGUGGGUACUACCAUGGGCCUCUUCAACCUGAUCAUGGUCAAGAUUAUGGGCCUCGAGAAUCUGCCGCCUGUGUUCGGUGCCUCCUGUCUCAUCAUAGGCAUCGGCUUCCUCUCCCUAGGCCAGCUCAUAGGUGUGAUCCGUGACGCCAGUGGCAGCUACGCCGUCAGUAUGUGGGUGUUGUCCGGGGCAGGCUUCAUCAGCGUUAGCCUCUGGUUCUUCAUGCCGGCCGCCCAAGCUUACGACCAACGCAGGAGCACCAGAGAAGUUAAUGAGGAGGAGUCCUUGAUGGGGUGAUUCCCCUGUCGUCGAGUCCUGUGUGUGUGUAAUAAUAAUAAUAAUAAUAAUAAUAAUAAUAAUAAUAAUAAUAAUAAUAAUAAUAAUAAACGGUUUAUUAAU